AUGCUUGAAAUCAGCACAAUUGCAGCGCAUCGCGCGCGCAACGGGCAUCCAAUCGUCCGUCUAAGCCAAGAUCGACAGGUCGAUCGGCCGCAGCUAGGGUCGACAAAAUCUCGCUCAACCAAGACAAAGACAAACAACAAGUCAGCAGACUUGUCGAAAUCAAAUCCCGCACAACCAUGGAGCAUCCUCAGCAUCGAUAUGGGGAUUCAAAACCUCGCUUUCGCGCAUCUGCGAGUUCCCCGCUCUGGGGUUCAGGUUCCAGGUGGCGGCAUAGACGCAGCGCAUCCCCCAAUACCGGAGUUAACAGCCUGGCACCGACUUGCUGUUUCGGAAAUAUCAAGUUUGAACUUAAUACCCGGGGAUAAGACUAGUAUAAUCAAACCCGGUGAACCAAGAUCAGGAUCUGGUGACGCGACAGAAUCACCCCAAGCCAUUCUCCCAAUAGAAACGGGAAAAAACAUCCCUGUCAAGACCGCCAAAUUUACAAAAGAAAAAGAUUCCUUCUCCCCAGACCUCUACGCCGCAAAUGCAUACACCCUAAUCUCAUCACUCAUAGCUGCAUACCGUCCCACACACGUGCUCAUAGAGCGCCAGCGUUUCCGUUCAGGCGGCGGGAGUGCCGUGCUUGAAUGGACGCUGCGGGUUGGAGUGCUGGAGGGCAUGUUGUAUGCCGUUCUGCAUACGCUACGGCAGGAGCGAGGCGGGGAAGUUGCGGAUUUGGUUGUUCGGGGUGUUGAGCCGAGACGGGUAGUCAGGUAUUGGCUUGAGGGAGGUUCUGGUUCUGGGUCAUCAGAUCCAGGGAAAGGAGACACGGAUGAAAAAUCCGAAGUCGAGAAACAGACGAAAAAGAAGAAACCCAAUGCGCGAGAAGUGAAAAAGGCUAAGAUCGAUCUUGUUGGACGGUGGGUUUCUGCUGCGAUGCAGAAUACCAAUGCUUGUCCGGAGACGGACGAUGGGCUUGGGAAACUGGAGCUCGGUAUUGCUGCCGACAAUAAGAUCGUGCUCGCGGAUAAAUCUGAGUGUCCUGCUCUGCAUAGUGUUGUGGGUGCGUAUAUGCGGAAAUCGCAGGGCCAGACGCAGACGUUGAAGAAGGGGAGAGGGAAGGGGUCUCGUGCUCAGAAGAGUGGAUCUCUUUCUCCAUUGCCUGUAUCCCCUCAUUCCGAUAUGGUGGAUGAGGUGGCUGCUGUUGAUCCGGGGAAACUCGAUGAUCUGGCGGAUUGUUUGUUGCAGGGUGUGACGUGGGUUGAAUGGCAGAUUAUGCGGGAGCGGAUUGCAAGGGAAGGGGUUGAGGCGUUGGAUUCGAUACCGUAG